UCGGUUGCGCUGGGGCCGCGCGUCGGAGGUAAAUAUUAGGGCGGUGGGAGUGGGCUCCAGGCCGGCUGGAGGCGCCGGCUAACUGCGCGGGCGGGAGGCAUCGCCCGGCCGCCGGAGUUUCCCCCUUUCCAGGGUGAGACAGGUUUUACACAACAACCCGGAGUUCUUUAGUUGAAACGUGCGCUCUGUUGAAACAAGGCAUUUUGAUUGCUGUCUUUUUACAGCAUGGACACCAAAUUGCUAAAAGCAUGCUUUGGGACUGCCAGUGAAUUUACCUUUUGCAGUUUUACUACAAACUUACUAGUUCUCUUCUUUUUAAGUUAAUAUCUGGCGUUAAUAUCACAAUGAGUUCAGGCUUAUGGAGCCAAGAAAAAAUCACUUCACCUUACUGGGAAGAACGUAUUUUUUACUUGCUUCUUCAAGAAUGCAGUGUGACAGACAAACAGACCCAAAAGCUUCUUAAAGUGCCAAAGGGAAGUAUAGGACAGUAUAUCCAAGACCGGUCUGUGGGGCAUUCGAGGAUUCCUUCUGCAAAAGGCAAGAAAAAUCAGAUUGGACUAAAAAUCCUAGAGCAACCACAUGCUGUACUUUUUGUUGAUGAAAAGGAUGUGGUAGAAAUAAAUGAAAAAUUCACAGAGUUACUUUUGGCAAUUACCAAUUGUGAAGAAAGGUUCAGCCUGUUUAAAAACAGAAACAGGCUAAGUAAAGGCCUGCAAAUAGAUGUGGGCUGCCCUGUGAAAGUGCAACUGAGAUCUGGGGAAGAAAAAUUUCCUGGAGUUGUGCGCUUCAGAGGACCCUUAUUAGCUGAGAGGACAGUUUCGGGAAUAUUCUUUGGAGUAGAAUUACUGGAAGAAGGUCGUGGCCAAGGCUUCACAGAUGGAAUCUACCAAGGAAAACAGCUUUUCCAGUGUGAAGAAGACUGUGGGGUAUUCGUUGCUCUCGACAAGCUGGAACUCAUAGAAGAUGAUGAUAAUGGGCUGGAGAGUGACUAUGCAGGCCCAGUGGACACCAUGCAGGCUGAGCUUCCCCCUCUGGAAAUAAACUCCAGAGUUUCUUUGAAGCUUGGAGAAACUAUAGAAUCUGGAACAGUUAUAUUCUGUGAUGUUUUGCCUGGGAAAGAAAGCUUGGGAUAUUUUGUUGGUGUGGAUAUGGAUAAUCCUAUUGGCAACUGGGAUGGAAGAUUUGAUGGAGUACAGCUUUGCAGCUUUGCAAGUGUUGAAAGUACAGUUCUCUUGCAUAUCAAUGAUAUCAUCCCAGAGAGUGUGACCCAGGAAAGGAGGCCUCCCAAACUUGCCUUUAUGUCAAGAGGUGUUGGGGACAAAGGCUCAUCCAGUCACAACAAACCAAAGGUUACAGGAUCUACCUCAGACCCUGGAAAUAGAAACAGAUCUGAAUUAUUUUAUACCUUAAAUGGGUCUUCUAUUGACUCACAGCCACAACCCAAAUCAAAAAAUACUUGGUACAUUGAUGAAGUUGCUGAGGACCCUGCAAAAUCGCUUACAGAACUGUCACCAGACUUCAGGCAAGCUUCACCACCACCGCAGCCUCCUUCCAUGAACUCACUGCCCAGUGAGAACAGGUUUCACUCUCUGCCAUUCAGUCUGACAAAGCUGCCCAGCAGCAAUGGAAGCAUUGGCCACAGCCCGCUUUCUCUGUCAGUUCAGUCUGUGAUGGGAGAGCUGAACAAUGCGCCUGUCCAGGAGAGCCCGCCCCUGCCGGUAUCUUCCAGUAACUCCCACGGCCUGGAAGUGGGCUCUCUGGCUGAAGUCAAAGAGAACCCCCCUUUCUACGGGGUGAUCCGUUGGAUUGGUCAGCCGCCUGGACUGAAUGAAGUGCUAGCUGGACUCGAACUGGAAGACGAAUGUGCCGGCUGUACGGACGGAACCUUUAGGGGCACCCGGUAUUUCACCUGUGCCCUAAAGAAGGCGCUUUUCGUCAAGCUGAAGAGCUGCAGGCCAGACUCGAGGUUCGCGUCGCUGCAGCCCGUCCCCAAUCAGAUCGAGCGCUGUAACUCUCUAGUUGGUGGCUACUUAAGUGAAGUAGUUGAAGAAAAUACUCCACCAAAAAUGGAAAAAGAAGGUCUAGAGAUAAUGAUUGGAAAGAAGAAAGGUAUCCAAGGUCAUUACAAUUCUUGUUACUUAGAUUCGACUCUGUUCUGCUUGUUUGCUUUUAGUUCUGUCCUGGACACUGUGUUACUCAGACCUAAAGAAAAGCAUGAUGUGGAAUAUUAUAGUGAAACUCAAGAGUUACUGAGGACAGAAAUUGUUAAUCCGCUAAGAAUAUAUGGAUAUGUGUGUGCAACAAAGAUUAUGAAACUGAGGAAAAUACUUGAAAAAGUUGAGGCUGCAUCAGGAUUUACCUCUGAAGAAAAAGAUCCUGAGGAAUUCUUAAAUAUCCUGUUUCAUCAUAUUUUAAGGGUAGAGCCAUUGCUAAAAAUAAGGUCAGCAGGUCAAAAAGUACAAGAUUGUUACUUCUAUCAAAUUUUUAUGGAAAAAAAUGAGAAAGUUGGAGUUCCUACCAUUCAGCAGUUAUUAGAGUGGUCUUUUAUCAACAGUAACCUGAAAUUUGCUGAGGCACCAUCGUGUCUGAUUAUUCAGAUGCCUCGAUUUGGAAAAGACUUUAAACUUUUUAAAAAAAUUUUUCCUUCUCUGGAACUAAAUAUAACAGAUUUACUUGAAGACACCCCGAGGCAGUGCCGGAUAUGUGGAGGGCUGGCCAUGUAUGAGUGCAGAGAGUGCUAUGAUGACCCAGACAUCUCGGCCGGGAAAAUCAAACAGUUCUGUAAAACCUGCAACACACAAGUCCACCUUCAUCCCAAGAGGUUAAAUCACAAAUAUAACCCGGUGUCGCUUCCCAAAGACUUGCCUGACUGGGACUGGCGGCACGGCUGCAUCCCCUGCCAGAAGAUGGAGCUGUUUGCCGUCCUCUGCAUAGAGACGAGCCACUACGUGGCUUUUGUGAAGUAUGGGAAAGAUGACUCCGCCUGGCUCUUCUUUGACAGCAUGGCUGAUCGGGAUGGUGGCCAGAAUGGCUUCAACAUUCCUCAAGUUACCCCGUGCCCGGAAGUAGGCGAGUACUUGAAGAUGUCCCUGGAAGACCUGCACUCCUUGGACUCCAGGAGGAUCCAGAGCUGUGCACGGAGGCUCCUCUGUGACGCGUACAUGUGCAUGUACCAGAGUCCGACCAUGAGCCUGUACAAGUAAACGGGCCGCCUGGUGCAGGAGCAGAGACUGGGCGCAGGCGUUAGCGUUGCAUUUCCCCAAGCUGGCGGUUUUGUUUCCACGUCCAUUGCCGGCAAUGGAUGUCUCUGUGGUGAUGAUCCUUCGGAAAAGGAUUCCUGUGUUUAAAAAACAAAUUUGCUUUUGUGUUACUGAAGUAUUUAAUAAGAAGCAUUUUGCACUCUAGAAAGUAUGUUUGUGUUGGUUUUUUUAAAAAGUCUAAAUGAAGUUAUUAAUACCUGAAGCUUUAAGUCAAGUGCAUUGAUCAUAUAUUUUUGGAAGCAUAAAAUUUUAAUUGUGACAGUGUAAAGCCUUUCUGAGUUCACUGAGGAUGUAAAUAAAUGUGUCUUCUUUAUGGACCAAGAAUAUGAAAUCAUUUUUCCUUUGUAGCUGACAGUUGCCUUGAGGAAGGAAUAUUUUGGUUUCCUGAGCGUCUACUUUCAACCCAGUUACUAAAGUUGCUGUGAGUUUGGUUUCUUAAUCCUGUGUAGCCUUGAUUCCUGCAUGUCUCUACCUGGCUUCCCGUGUUUCUGCAGUAGCAGUCAGAGAAGUAGUUCAGCCCCCUGAGAGGUGUUGUUCUCUAUUGGUUCUGGCUUUGAGAUAACUGAGUGACUUUUGUCAUAAAAUGUCCAUUUUGGAUGUAAUUUUUCUGGGGGGUUAUGUAUCCCGCAACUGAAGGUCUUCAACUCGCAGUGGUAACUAUCAGCAAACAGGUUUUAUAAGGCUCCUAUUUUCUGCAGUGGGGCGCAAUCAGUUUUAUAAAAGUAUUGGGGUGAUAAACAUAAAUCAUUCCUACACAAAAAUAUAAUCUGUAAGAAAAUAAAUCUGACUUGUAGAGUCACUCAGUAAUGUUUCCCAGAGAGAGACACGGCUCUCUAGCCCUGACGUAAGUUUGACCAGUCAGUCAACACACUGAAUUCAGUUUAGUUUCACUUGUGAAAGUGACAGUUGCAAAUCAGAUUUUUUUAUUGACAUGUUAGCAGCAGCUUUCUCCUCCUCCUGAUUCCCUGAUUAAAGAACUAGAAAAUGGAUGUUUUCUUAGCUAGUAGCCUAACGUGUGUCUAGAGCGCAGUACCGUUGUAGACUAGCCCUGUAGGUUAUUAAUGUGCUGUGGGUUGUGUGUUCCGAGUGUUGUUUUCUGGUAGUGAUGUCUUUCUGGAAGUCAUUGUUAACCAUGCGGAAGUCAGAAAGCGGUCAUAUGCGCACGACAUAUGACUUCACAGAGGAGUGAAUGACAACCGAACUGCCGAGGGUCUUCAUAAAGCCUGCAAUGUUUUUGUUUUUUUUUUGGCUAGGCUCAUUUACCCUUCGACUUUAUCGUUCCAUCUUCAUAGUAUUUACUAGCUUCAUAAAUCGUAUAAUAAGCUACAGGAACCCCUUCAUCGUCUAAUUUUUUUCAUUCUUGAAAUGAAAAAUAUGUGCAUUUUCCAUGAGAUUCUCCUAGCUGCUUGGGUGGGGUGCUGAGAUGGGUUGGGAGCCAGAGUUGUGGGCUGAGGACUGACCUCACCUCUAGUCUCUUGAGCACUUGGGAAGGACAGGAUGGAGUCAGGAUGUCUGAGGUCUCCUUGCUGACCAUCCCCAAGUCCAGUCUAUCUAGGAAGGACUGCAUUUUAAAAGACAACUGGAGUUACAAAGAAAAGAGACGUCAGUUCCUUUUCUUUGAGCAUUAAAGCAAAAUGCAAGUUGAGGAAGGGCUGUUCACACCAGCUCCCCACCUGUCUGCAGGGAUCCCCUGCCUCACGGCAGAGACUCACCGGGACAGCCCGCCUCACCCAUGAGUUAUUUCUAAGGAACUUUUCCCUGAGUAGAACUUCACCUCCUUCUAGUGUUAUCUGCAGGGGGCUGUAGGGACCAGCUGUGGUGGUGCAGUGCAGGCGUGGCCUUUCCCGAGGCCCUGGGUGGCCCAUAGGGGGCCUCCUGCUUGUUCCCUGGGAGCCCGUGGGCACCCUGGGUUUAUGCCAGGGGUGGCCUCUGUGCCUAUAGAUUUACUUAAAAUUUACACCUCAAUUUUCUUUCACAUGUUCUUGUUGGUACCUUGAACGCUUUGGUUCUCUUUUCCCUGUUUAUUACCUACAGUCAAGAUGACAGUAUAGUAGGAUCAUAUUUAUAAUGUGACUCAUGACUCAGAGCUGCAAACAGAAAAUAAAAUCCGUCGUGAUCCCCAAAGUGUGUGUGCACGCGUGGGGCUGUUUGUGUGUCUGUGUGUAUGUGUUUGUGUGGGGAGGGAGGAGAGCAACCGUGCCAGCAAUGUGUUCCAUCCUUCCCUGUGGGUUUUAUAAAGGAGUUUUAUUCCACCCACAAAAGAAUGUGUGUAAGGCCAGGAGAACACGCUGAAACAAAAAGGAAACCCAGGCAAGGAUGGGCCUUCAAGCCCCUAACGAUUAUCUCCUCAGAACCAUUGAGUUUUUAGAGCUCAGAUGUGCCCGCUGUUGGAGGCGACUGGCUUCCUGCCGUCCCUCGGCUGCGUUUAGACUUUCACGGCAUCCGCACACCCGGGAGCCAGGGCGUCUGCCCUGGAGCCAUGGAGCCAUGGGCCUAUGUUGCCGCCCCCUUCAGGCCUGCCAGCGCCUAGUUAGUUCCUUUCGGCGGGUCUUGGGUCCAGCUGGAUGGUCCUGGUCUGCCUGGAGGAUCGUGGACAGGCGUGAGCAGGGACACAGGCGUGGCGGAAUGGCUGCCGACCAACAUGUACCUAGUGGGCAUUAUUCCCAGGAUUGUGCCAGGAGAAAGACUUCCUGGUUCUGUCUCCCACAACUUACCUCCUGCACCUAGCAACAGACCAGCCAUGCACCUGGCUGCGGCCCUUUCUCUGUCACCUGCUCCGUUAGCCUUCGUGACAGCCUGGCUGUGGGGGCCUUAGCUUUCUGCUCUGUCGUGAGGGGGCUGGGAUGUCACAUUUGAGACCACAUUUGCUGAGUCUGCCUUUUCCUGAAAGGGAGGAAUUUAUUAGGGAAAAGCUCAGCCAGGUGAACCCGACGGUCAGUUGCAUUGAAGACCACUCAGCAUAGCCUUUCCCUCUAUGCCGCGGGAUGAUACCAUGUAACGUGUGAAUGACCCACCAUAAGCGUGGGGUUGAGGUGGUCCUAGAUCGGGCGUGUGGAUCUGUAGCAGAAAGGCCGUUCUCAGGCCCACCUCCCCCUGCUGUUUCCCGGGGCUCUAGGCUGUGUUUAGAACGCACUUUAAUCUUGAGAGGAUGAGUGAUGUUCUAUACCUGUACAAUUUCCUUCCAUUUUAUUUUCUAGGGGAUUAAAAGGUAGAAAAAUACAAUGAUCAGAAAAAUUAAAGCUUGUAUUGUUUUCCACUAUAUACUCCUAUGUGAUAAAAGAUACUAAAUUAUGUGAAGCUUCUUCAGCCAAUAGAACUUCUCAUAAAGGAAAGGUCCUUGUUAAAAUAGAUGGAAACUAUGGUGAGAAGGAGAGGGGAGGAGGAGGAGAGAAGGCAACCCCCUGUAAAGCUGCUGUGUACCCGGGGGGCCCCGAAGGUGGGCUCCUGUGUGCCUGGGACGGGGCCCGUCAGCGGCCGGGGUUCUAGAGAGGCUUUCUGCAGCGGCACCUAGGCCUUAUCUGUCCUCUUUUGGACAUAUCAUUGCUGGGGAAGGGAGAGAGAAAAAGACUCAUUUGAAAUUCUAGAGCAGAUGAGGGACCUCUCCUGAAUUAGCAAGAGCAGCAAAAAGCUGGCCAGCAAACACAGCCGAGGAUGAUGGACAAGUGGGAAGGCAGGCAGCCCUUCGCCCCAAUGCCCCCUCAUGAACGCCAGGGCUUCAGCAGAGUGCCCAGGCCCCACAGGGGUUCCCCUCUCCCAGGGGGAUGCCUCGUUGGUUCUACCAUAGACUUUAUGUCUUCGGAGAGCCUGGGGGAAGGGCCAGGACGGAGGGGUUGUCCUUUGAGCAUCCCAACUUCUGAGAUGAUUCAUUGCACCUUCACUGUUCAUUUUUUUCUAGAGAGAUCAUGUGGGAAAGAGAACUGCCUCUGGUUUUGUUUUCUAAUGUGGCUUGUCGUGCUGCGGGCCUUCAACUCCAGAAAGUCAUAGCUGCUUCUCAUAAACAUUGCUUUUUAAAAUGUCGUUAGGAUUUUCCUAGGGAAGCAGCAGUUAGCAGUCAGCUGGUGUCAAGGAGUGAGUUUUGUGCUGUGUCUCCCACACCUGGUAUCCUGUACAACAUUUAUGUAUUUAUUUUUUGCCUGAAGAACAUCCUAUAUUUGUGGAGACUCUUUAAAAGUAACACCACAUAAAAUAUCCCUUUACUAUCAGAUUGCUCUGAUUUAGCCUUAAUUUUGUUAAAUUUUUUAGAGAUGAACGAAGUGCUGCUGUGGAAAGAAAUGUACUAUAUACUAUUUCU